AUGGUCCAAAUUAGGCAUGGUCCUAUGGUAUCACCAGUAUUGAGUAUUGGAGCUGAAAUUGAUUCCUAUGAUGAAUACCUCUUCAAAUCUUAUAUGUUGCUUCAAGAUGAUCCACACCUCAAACUAUGGGAAGCUGAAAAUAAAUCUGUAUCAACUUAUAGAUGUUCCUCUGAUGGCCAAUCAACAGACCUCACUUUUGAUGAAGAAAAUCCUAUUAAUCAUAAGGAUGAUCCAUUUGUGUUUACGACAGGAGGAGAUAUUCUAUUCAUACCAAAUGCAACUGAUUUACUUAGAAACCAGCAAUCUCAAAUUACAAUUCCAUAUUCAACAAAUUACAAUUCCAUCUUCAAUAAAUUACAAUUCCAUCAUCAUCAAAUUCAAAUUCAAAUCAAAUGUCAAGCCCCAGUUUUGGAUGGUUCUCUUAUCAAAUUAUUAUUUGCAAGAGUGACUGAGAAAGCUGACCUUGUACCUGGCAUUGACGAAGUUGAUUCUGUUUUAAAUCCUAAUUGA